GUGAAGCUUUGGACAAUCUACUUCAAUAACGUUGAGGCCAUCAAGCCUGAACGCAUCAUCCCGUGCAACGGUAAGAACCAGUGGGUCUCUUUCAACCUGUCGGAGGCUGCGAUUGCCAACAAGGGUGCUGCAGAUCUGUUCAAGAAGAUGGCCCAAGCUGCAACAUCACCAGAUCCUGCUCCUGAGCCCUCCGAGCUCGUCGAGGCGGCCCCGGCCCCGUUCGCGCUGCCGGUGAAGCGCCCUGUUGACUUGGACGGUGAGGAGUUAUGCCCCAGUGCUAAGAGCGCCAAGAGCAACAAGGCAGAGGAGGUACUAGGAGACGGAGGCGCUGCAGCUGGUAGCACCACAGAGCAGUCGGGCAUGGAGCAGCUGGAGGAGGAGCAGGCCCCAUUGAGUCCAGCUGGUAGCUCUGCUUCUUCCAUCGUCAACACUGCUGAUCUGGUUCGUGGGAUGGAUCUUACCAACCAGGGAUUAUUGUAUGAGUUGAUGGACUGGCCGAUGCAUUGCUUGAGCAGGCUGGAGGAGUACCAGCCAGGGACCACAACAGCUCUAGCGAACACUCUGAGGAAGACUACGCAUUCGACCUGCUACUCUGGAAUCGAUACGCCAGGCGUUGCGCUCCACAUGCUGGCGGCCCAACUCGAAGGUUCAACAGCCUGUGGAAACAUCAAGCCGGAGCAUAUCCACGCGUGCGAUAUCCUGAAGGACUCGCGGAGCGAGCUCAUCACUAGCCCGAUGGAGCCUCAGUGUUUAUUCAAGGAUGUCGAGGAUUGGUGGACCGACUCGAUGAAGCGCUAUCUCAACAAAUGCGGGAAGAUCGGCUUGAACGCUCUGAUGCCGUACAUCAGGAUGCCUCACACUGUGCUUCGCAAGACGGCUUCAUGCACGAUGCACCAAAGUGGUUGCGGAUGCCCCAUGAAUGAUUCCACGAUCCACGUGGCAGGCACGUCCUGCAUCGAUGAUUCCCCCAUCGGGGCCCAUGGUGGCGCCGAGAAUGGUAAGGCUACUCGAGCGUUCGCAGCAUGGGCUACGCAGCGGAGGCGGCAGGAGGCGAUCGUGAUCAUCCACGAGAACUCCCACCUCUUCGAUCCACAAAUAUUGCAUAAGGUGUUGGGGGACAAAUACAUCAUCCUCUCCAAGAUCACCUGCCCUACAUCCCUGGGCUGGCCAGUAAGGCGCCGGCGUCGGUGGUCGGUACUUGUCCACCGCGAGUUCGCCAUCUCGGUGACCUCGCGCCUCGCCCCAGUGAUCAGCAUGUUCCAUCGCCCGAUCCGCAGUACGUGGAGGGUCUUCAUGGUCGCAGAGAAGGAGGAGCUGAUCAGCGAGCUUCAGUGGGCAUCGAACCGACCGUCGUCUUUGUGGCCUGAGUCGAAGGACAUCGCUGAGGAGUUCCAAAGGGACAUCGAGAACACAGACCACGCGGGAGUUUUCCUGCAUUUUCGAGAGGCCCUGACUGCGACCGAGCUGAAGUGGCUGCAGCGCUACGAGGGAAUGACCCACGGCACUGACUACGUCCACAAGCUGAACCAGAACCCUAUGGCGGACCGUGGCAUCUCAUCUACGAGCACUGUGCUACACACGAUCCUGAGGAACACCUCCAUCGACUACUCGUCA